AUGCCGGUUGAAGAGAAGAAUGAUGUUGCUGUUUCUACUGGAGUGCAGAAGCUAUCAGGCGCAGUUGAGAAAUCUGGAAGCACACUAGCUUUAUUGGUGAGAGCAAAAGACAAAGGGUUCAGAGUUUUUGCACGUGUAUUCGGGUUGCCGGGGCUAAAGCCAACUGCUGGACUCACCAGCCGUGCUGGUGUCAUUCCAGUCUCUCCUCGCCAGGACACAAUUGGGCCAAUAUGCCGAACAGUGUCAGAUGCAGUUUAUGUGCUUGAUGCAAUUGUUGGUUUUGAUCCAAGAGAUCCUGAAGCAACAAUAGAAGCUGCUAAGUUUAUACCUAGAGGUGGCUAUAUACAGUUUUUAAGAGAUGAUGGGCUCAAAGAUAAGAGACUGGGAGUUGUGAGAUUUCCAGCUCCAUUCAAUGAUUCAACUGUUCUGUCUACCUUCAACAAUCAUUUGGAAGUCUUAAGGCAAGGAGGUGCAACUGUGUUGGAUAAUCUGCAAAUACCUAAUAUUGACAUAAUUAUGGAUCCCAAUCAAAGUGGCGAAGAAAUUGCACUGCUGACUGAGUUCAAGCUGUCAAUUAAUCAAUACCUUCAAGAACUUGUCAAAUCUCCAGUGAGAUCACUAGAAGACAUCAUCAGUUUCAAUGACAAUAAUCCUGAUCUGGAACACAUGAAACAGUACGGUCAGGAUCUCUUUAUUGCCUCAGAAAUGACAAAUGGGCUUGGAAAGGGAGAAAUCAAGGCAGUGAAGUUGAUGGAAAAACUGUCUGAACAAGGUUUUGAGAAAACAAUGAGGGAGUAUGAGUUAGAUGCUAUGGUGACAGUCGGUUGGACGGUUUCUACAGCUCUAGCCAUUGGAGGGUACCCUGCAAUUACUGUCCCAGCUGGCUAUGGAAGCAAUGAAAUGCCAUUUGGGAUCUGUUUUGGAGGAUUGAAAGGCAUGGAACCCAAGCUAAUCGAGAUUGCUUAUGCUUUUGAGCAGGCUACUUCGUCACGUAGACCUCCUUUUUAAUCUCAAUUGCACUUGUAUUUAUGAAAAUCUCUUCUGAAUUGUGGAAAGCUAGCUAGGUGUCAAUUAAUGUUACAGCAACUUUUUUUAAUGUAUGUUAUCAAAUUACAACAAUGAAAAGAAUUUCCAAA